AUGAUGAGGCUGCGAGGCUCGGCGAUGCUCGGGGGCGGCCGCGCCAAGGGCCCCGGCGCGGGCGGCCUCUCCAGCUCGCCCUCGGAGAUCCUGCAGGAGCUGGGCAAGGGCGGCGCGCCGUCUCCGCAGCAGCCCGGGGCGUCGCCGCCCGCAGCCCCGCCGGCCCCGGGCCCCAAGGACGGCCCUGGGGAGACGGACGCGUUCGGCAACAGCGAGGGCAAGGAGAUGGUGGCCGCGGGCGACAAUAAAAUAAAACAGGGUCUGUUACCUAGCUUGGAAGAUUUGCUGUUCUACACAAUUGCAGAAGGACAAGACAAAAUCCCUGUUCACAAGUUUAUUACAGCACUCAAAUCUACAGGAUUGCGAACGUCUGAUCCCAGGUUGAAAGAGUGUAUGGAUAUGUUAAGAUUAACUCUUCAGACAACGUCAGAUGGUGUCAUGCUAGACAAAGAUCUUUUUAAAAAGUGUGUUCAAAGCAACAUCGUUUUGUUGACACAAGCCUUUAGAAGAAAGUUUGUCAUUCCCGACUUCAUGUCCUUCACCUCACACAUUGAUGAGUUAUAUGAAAGUGCAAAGAAGCAGUCUGGAGGGAAGGUUGCUGAUUAUAUUCCUCAACUGGCCAAGUUCAGUCCUGAUUUGUGGGGUGUAUCUGUCUGUACGGUAGAUGGGCAAAGGCAUUCUAUUGGAGAUACCAAAGUUCCCUUUUGUCUUCAGUCCUGUGUAAAACCCCUGAAAUACGCCAUUGCUGUUAAUGAUCUGGGAACUGAGUAUGUGCAUCGCUAUGUUGGGAAAGAGCCAAGUGGAUUAAGAUUCAACAAACUCUUUUUAAAUGAAGAUGAUAAACCACAUAAUCCUAUGGUAAAUGCUGGAGCAAUUGUUGUGACUUCACUAAUAAAGCAAGGAGUAAAUAAUGCUGAGAAGUUUGACUAUGUGAUGCAAUUUUUGAAUAAGAUGGCUGGUAAUGAAUAUGUUGGAUUCAGUAAUGCAACGUUUCAGUCUGAACGAGAAAGUGGAGAUCGAAAUUUUGCAAUAGGAUAUUACUUAAAAGAAAAGAAGUGUUUUCCAGAAGGCACAGACAUGGUUGGGAUACUAGAUUUUUAUUUCCAGCUGUGCUCCAUUGAAGUGACAUGUGAAUCAGCAAGUGUGAUGGCUGCAACUUUGGCAAAUGGUGGUUUCUGCCCCAUUACUGGUGAAAGAGUACUCAGUCCUGAGGCAGUUCGAAACACGCUGAGUCUGAUGCAUUCUUGUGGCAUGUAUGAUUUCUCAGGGCAGUUUGCGUUCCAUGUUGGUCUUCCUGCAAAAUCGGGAGUUGCCGGGGGUAUUCUUUUGGUUGUCCCCAAUGUCAUGGGCAUGAUGUGCUGGUCUCCUCCUCUUGACAAGAUGGGCAACAGUGUUAAGGGAAUUCACUUCUGUCAUGAUCUUGUUUCUCUGUGUAACUUCCAUAACUAUGAUAAUUUGAGACACUUUGCAAAAAAACUUGAUCCUCGAAGAGAAGGAGGUGAUCAAAGGGUAAAGUCGGUGAUCAACCUUCUGUUCGCUGCAUAUACUGGAGAUGUGUCUGCCCUCCGAAGAUUUGCUUUGUCAGCGAUGGACAUGGAGCAGCGGGACUAUGACUCCAGAACAGCGCUCCAUGUAGCUGCAGCAGAGGGCCAUGUUGAAGUUGUCAAGUUUUUGCUGGAAGCUUGCAAAGUAAAUCCUUUCCCCAAGGAUAGGUGGAAUAACACCCCCAUGGAUGAAGCCCUGCACUUUGGACACCACGACGUCUUUAAAAUCCUCCAGGAGUACCAAGUCCAGUACACACCUCAAGGGGAUUCUGAUGAUGGAAAGGAAAACCAAACUGUCCACAAGAAUCUUGAUGGGUUGUUAUAAUGGUCUGAAACCCCAAGACUUAAGUUACUUACCUAUUUAAUUGUGGAACAUGAUUAUGAAGAACAUGUAUAUUUCUAUCUGGUAGUGAUGUGUAUUUUACAACAUUUGUCAUUGCAGUGUUACUGGAGUUUUCUUCAUUGUGCGCACAGGACAAAUCUGAUUUCUUUAGGAAAAACAUAGAAAUAAAAAAAAACCUCCCUUCAUAAUGUGAGCAAGAGUUACCUCGUGCGUUGUACAAUUUGAUGUAAAAGAAUAGUUACCAAUGCUAGCUGAACCAUGGUCUUCAUGGCUUGUGUGUUUUGUAAGUUUUCAAGCCCUGGUGAUGGUAUGCUCAGGCAUUGAUGAGUUAGUCUUUGUUGUACAGUCUGUCCACAGGGGUUGAUGCUGUCAUUAAAUGAAAACAGUGUGAUUUCCAAGACUUUAAAUAUAGAUUUAGUUUGAGUGUUUGAACAACCAUAUGCACUUAUAUGGUUGAGUGUUUAAAAUGUCGCCUAUCACCCUCACUUCACAGUGUGACUUCUUAAAUAUUGAAGUAGUUAUUCACUGUUCAUAGACUAUGCCAAUUCUGAUUAGAUUUUAUCAGGGAAUCUGUUAAGAUAUGUUUGGUGACCAAAACAUAUGUGUGAAUAUAGUUCUAGAACUUUUACAACUUUUCCUUUCUAUAUGAUCCUUAGGCCAGCCUCUCCGUGAUGUUUAGCUGGCUGUCCCUUCCCCUGAGCUGGGAUGUGUGUGCUGGCAUACCAUGCAGUUUCCAUCUGUCCUCAGCAGAUUAUGCCCCACAUUUCUGCAUCAGAGGUAGAGCUUGGCCACUUGUCUACAGAAGAUGAACCAAAGUUAGGCUGUCUAAUUUGUUCAUCCGUCUGAAGAGUACAGAUGGUGACACUGCAGACUCCUAAGUCCUUUCAGCUUCUACAAUAAAGAAAUAUUCAGAAAUGCUUUCAGUUACCAAAGUAAUAAUGCUACAUUAGUAAGCACUACAAGUAGCCUGUGACACGCCCUCCUGCUGUCAGAAGUCUGCAGCAAGGCAGCAGCACUCCUUUGGGAGGGCCCAGGGACUUUCUCUCCCUCUGCUGCCUGUCGCUGGGCUGUAUCAUUCAACGAGAAAAGACCACUUCAUUUUAAAUUUAGACCCACCAUUUCAUUGUUGUGGAAAGGUAAUUUAUAGUUAACUUAGGAAACAGGUAAAAGCGACCUUACAAAGAACAUAAUUUUCUAGAAAUUGCACAUACUAUACCCUAAUGCACCUCCAAGAGAUGCAGGGAUGUUAGUGAGGAUUUCUGACAUUGAGCAUGUGCAUAUACAUGUGCAGGCAUGUAUACACACAAAUGGACUUCUUAGAAACUGCUUUAUGAAAUGAGCAAACUUCUCAACUGCGCAGAUCCUAGUGGUUACCACAGUGAAACAGCAUCUGCUUUGACCCUCUCUAUAGCCACUGAUUGCUUCUGAGCUUAUGAUCCUUGGUGGCCUAUCAUUCACUCCAGUAACCUCCAGCUUUGGUCCUGUUUUCAAAGUGCUUCCGCCAUCCCUUCCGUCCCCUAGCCCCUUUCUUGAUGAAACUGGCUAUUCCUCCUUCCUGGAGCCAGAGAUCGCCACCGUGUUUCUAAGCUCCAGAGUCUGGGAAGGCUGGUGGGUAGGCAGCCAGUGCUGACGCUGUGUUCCUGCUUCCGCAUGCCUCUCCAGAAAGGCGGACAGGUGGUACCUGACUGUUCUGCACAGGAAUAGCACCAUCACCUCCAAAGUGAAGGGGUGAACAUGUUUUCAUCGAAUCAACUGAGUUCAUGCUAUUCCAGCAGCAGCUGGCUUCGUGUAAUUCAAUGUGUGACCUAAAUAUUACUGGUGACUGUGAAGAUUCCCUCCAAUAAUGGUUUUGUAUACUAUUGGAGAACAAAUGUUCUCAUCUUUCCUCGGACGAGUGCUGUUCUGUACAGUCUGUGGCUUGGUUAAAUGUGCUCGGUUUCCUCAUGGUGUUAUGACCAUGUAUGUGCCAGGUCUUGCUCUGGCUGUUUGCUAUUGGCUGAUAAUAAUGAGGACACUGUUUAAAUGCUUGAAUGAGCUGUUAACUGCUGCCAUCAGUAAACUCCAAAGAUCUUUUUGUUUUGGCUUUAUGAUCUUAUGUAGUUUUUCUGUUUCGUGGAACAUAACCACGUUGGUUUGAAGCUGUUCACUGCUGUUUCUGCUGUCUUGGUUCUGACACCCAUGUCUGGCGACAUGCAAAACCCCACUGCUGCCCACACUGCGCUUAGCUGCACAGCUGGAUUCACUGUUGAUCUGGCUGGCUGGCAGUGACUUGAUAACCUGAUGUUGGAUUUAGGUCCCUGCUGGCGAGUCCACAGCUAUGAAUGUAUUUACUUCCAACGUUUCCCAAAAUGAAACCUUAAAACUAUAAAUUGUAAGUAUUCUGAAAUUGGGAAAUAUUUAUUUUAAAUGAGAUCAGGUAGUGUUGCUUUCUAUGGCAUAAUAAAUAUGUGUAUUGAAAACAAA